AAUUUUAUGGUUACAAUGAACAAAGAUGUAUCAGGCCAGACCACCAAGCCCAGCCAUAUCUCUGUACAGUUUUAUAGAGAUUAACAAAUCACAUGAGCCCUAUACUAUUCCCCAACUUAACCUAUGACACUGCUACUUUGCAUAGAAAGUAUAAGCCAUGUUUUUCAACACUAGUGGAAUAGAAGUAUUCAUAGAUAUUGUGUUCAGUGUGGUCCAAUAAUUAAAGCGUAAAAUAGAUAUCUUGUAUCAAAGCAUUUUAAAAAGUCAAGAAAGAUAAGAAUUAGGCCUUGGAAAAUAAACGACUAUGUAGAAAGAUAAAAAGGAAAGAGACUGCGGGUUUCUCUGAAGACCCGGCUCAGAGGCCCUGUGCUCCCUGCAGCAAGUGGCCAUUGCCAUGGAAAUCAGAGCACCGCCUUCUGGCCAUUGGGGAUUGUGACGCCCAGGGUGGGAGUGGGGGAGGUAGAGUAAAAGAUGGUGGUAAUGAGUGGCUAGUCCUCUUUCCCCCAAACCUUCCAGUGAGACUUCGCAGCAGGGUUGCUUUCCUGCAUUCCCUGGCGAGGGUGGUGCCCUGAACCAGCGCGGAGAGACCGCUGACCAGCCGCCUUGAUGACAACACCUCCGUGUUCCUUGACAUCUCAGGCUGUCCGGCAGGCCUCCAUCCAUGGCCUUUCCCAGAUAACCACUACCCUGUACAUCAGCGGUAGUGUGGCCACCAACAACAAACUUACGUUGUCCAGCAACAACAUCACCACGAUCAUCAAUGUGUCAGUGGAGGUGGUGAACAAGUUCUUCAAGGACAUUCAAUAUGUACAGGUACCAGUGGCCAAUGCUCCCAGCUCACACCUCUGUGACUUUUUUGACCUGAUUGUUGAUCACAUCCACGACGUGGAAAUGAAGCAGGGCUGCACACUGCUGCACUGUGUCGCCGGAGUGAGCCGCUCAGUUGCCCUCUGCCUCACCUACCUCGUGAAAUACCACUCCAUGUCCCUGCUGGAUGCCCACACUUGGACCAAGUCGUGCCGCCCCAUCAUCCGGCCCAACAACGGCUUUUGGGAACAGCUCAUCAAUUACGAAUUCAAGAUGUUUAGUAAGAACACGCACAUGAUCAACUUACCGAUUUGUCUGAUUCCUGACAUAUACGAGAGAGACAUCGUUUGAUGAUGACGGUGUGAGCCAUCCCAGCCAGCCCCUGACAUCUGCCACGAUUCUACAGCAAGACUGAAUUUGAACAUUUGGCGUCUCGUUGGUAAAGAAAACUGAUGUUGCUUUGUAGACUAGCAAGAAAAAAGGGAGGGGCGAUAGAGAUUUUAACGUAGUAAGCCUUAUCUUUUAAGAAUAAAAUUCAUUAAGUGUAAGAUGGCAAAAAUGUUUCUUACCUUGGGGAAGAGGGCAGGCCAGGCUGCUGCUGCCUGGCAGUAACCGGGUGGCACAGAUGAUGCCCAGCUCAGAUGGACCUGCCAGCAGCACCCAACAUGUGGCAGACGUGGAAUCCCAAUCCCUGCCUGAGGCUGGCUAACCCGUGAGUGAGUCCCCCUGGCUCUUUCCAACCCAAAGUCAAAACUUUAGACAUCAUGGCUCCCCUGUGCUUCUCCUAGUAAGUGCCCACCUACUGGAUAAGUGAACUUCAAGCAGUGCUCCAGGAGCCCUGGGGGAGUCUCAGGCUACCCUUUCCCCCACCUUCAACCACAUUGGUCCAUCUCUGUUUUUCUAGCUUUAGUUUAUACAAUUAGUUUUUGAAGAAACCAUUCCACUCUAUAAAAUGUAAAAAUAUUGUAUUUUUUUUAGUGCUGUACUAAAUGGUAAGGUCUCAUGGUGUCCUCGGUGAUUCCUCACCAGCCUUUGUGAAAAGGGACAAUAGGCCCUUUCCCAGGGCAUGUACUGAGACAGAGCAGGCCUGACACCAGGCCUCAGGGGUUCCUCUUAUGGACCUUGGCUUGGGAGGCUGGAGCUGCUGGCCAUGACCCCGCCCUGUCACCUCUGACAUCUCCUCCCAUUGUGACCUGGGGCCUGUCUCAGAGCCUCAGUUUCCUCACUUGUCAAAACAAUGACACCCCUUCUCCCACAGAGCUGUUGUGAAGAUUAGACCUUAGCACAGUACCUGUCACAUGAAUGGUUUCAUGCUAGGAAUAAAGGGCAAGGAUACACUUGAGCUCUGCUGGUUUGGGGUCAACACACAUCCUCAUAAUGGCAUUUUCCCCAUCUGUGCACUGCCCUUUGUUGUUUACAUGGUGUUUUUCCCAAACAACAACAAAAAUUAUCCAGUGUGUAGAAACAAAUGGUUUAGGGUCCUUUUGCACCCUACUUCAGAGGAGGCCUAGAUUUAGAGCCUUUUCAGAGGUCCCAUGGUGUUUAAUCCAUGUGCAUCCAGAGGGUCAUGAAGAAGCACAAUUCUAGCUCUCCCUCAAACACCUUGUUUAGAGUCACUGACUGUUAGAGCCAGCAGCCUGGUCUUGCUAACUACCAGGACCCAUGGGGCACUUGCAAAAGGGAUGAACAAGUGAGCCCCAUACAUAGGUCUUGGAAUCCAGGACUGUUCAGACUCCCCAGGUAUUUGGGGCUCUGGCUUGGGUUCACCUAUUCACAUAUUCUAAUCCAGAGCUUUUUAGACAAAAAAUAUAUUAGACAAAAGCACAACUGUUCCAGCUGAAGCAGACCUGUGUGUCCAGAGUUCAGUGAAGUUUGAAUGUCCUUUCUCUCCAAACCCAUCAUCACCCCCACUCUGCCCCACUUCCAUAAAAGGAGUGCUUAGGGCACAAUAUGGGGAGAAGGGGAUGAAAAUCACUGCUCUAGACAGAUCCCUUCCUUUUAGAGAUGGAAAAAUAGGCCCAUAGAACACAAGUGUCAAUGUGGCAGGGCUCCCACAAAACAGCUUUCUGGCAGAAUCCCAGAUGGAAAAUUUCUUAAAGCAUUUUUUAAAAGAAAAUUAUUUGUGUAUAUAUUAAUAUAUGUGUGUAUGUAUGUGUGCGUGUGUGCUUUCAUUUUCUUAAAUAUUUAAAUAAACAUACCACAAAAUUAACUCUUUUUGAUUCUACGAGUUUUAACAAAUGCAUAGAUUUAUGUAAAUAUCACCACAAUCAGGAUACGGAGCAGCUCCAUGACUCCAGAAAUUUUCCUCAUGCUUUCCCUUUGUAGUCAAACCUUUACCCCACCCCAACCUCUGGCAAACACUGAUCUGUUUUCCUUCUCUAUAGAUUUGUCACAUAAAUGGAAUUAUAUAGGAUGCAACCUCUGGAGACUGGCUUCUUUCACUCAGCAUUAAUGUCUCUGAGACUCACUCAUGUUGUAGUCCAUUGUAUGGUCGUACGAGUUUGUUUUACAGCCACCUAUUGAAAGAUAUUAGGGUUUGUAUUCGUUUCCUAGGGAAUGCUGUAAAAAAUACCAAAAACCGGAUGGCUUAAGACAACAGAAAUGAUUUUUUCAUAGUUGUGGAGGCUAGAGCUCCUAAAUCGAGGUGUCAGCAGGGCCAUGCUCCCUCUGAAACCUGUGGCAGAGAAUGCUUUCUUGCCUCUUUCUACCUUCUGGUGGUUGCUGACACUCCUUGGUACUCCUUGGCUUGUAGAUGCAUCACUCCAAUUUCUGCCUCUGUGGUCACAUGGCUAUCUUUUCUGGUGUGUCUUCACAUCUGUCUUCCCUCCAUGCAUAGUGUCCGAAUUUUCCUCUUCUUAUAAGGACACCAAUCAGAUUAGGGACUCACUUACUCCAAUAUGACCCCAUUAAAGCUAAUUACAUCUGCAAUGACCCUGUUUCCAAAUAAGGUCAUAUUCUGAGGUACUGGGGGUUAGGACUUCAACAUAUUUUGGGGUGAUAUGAUUCAACCCAUAACAGAGUUAUUUAUAGUUUUGAGCAAUUAUGCAUAAAACACUAUAACACACACACAAGAAGAAAAGGAGCAUAUCACCUGGAAAAAAAGAAAUGUACUGGUGUAAAAGUAGAAUAUGAGUAAGAGUGGAAAAUAAUAAUAACCAUCAUUUGUUAGGAAGCUAUUACAUGCCAAACACAGUACUGGGCACUUUACAGUGUCUCUAGUCCCUAUAAUAGCUCUACAGGGUAGUUAUUAUUCACAUUAUACUAGUGUGGUUAAGGAAUUUGCCUAUGGUAGGGUAGCACAUAGGCCAGGAGUGAAGAGGUGACAUUCAGUCUGGGCUCUGUUUUCCUGCAUUUCUUUUGAGACAAAGAUAAGUAGAUAGAA